AUGACCAGCAACGCCCUCUUCGCGCCCGUCGCCAAACACCGCAUAACCUCCAAGAACCCAGCGAAAGAAGGGAUCGGUCUCGACGUCGAACGAUGCGCCGCUCUCCACAACACGCUGAUGCUCUACGGCUGGGUUUGCGGCGGGAAAUCGAUCCCGACGAUGGCGCGCAAAUCCUGGUGGAGCCGACACGGGAGUCAGCCCCUCCAGAAAGUCCUCCAUCCAGAGGUGGUGCGCUAUCUCCAGAAGAUCUUUGAUGUCCCCGAACAUAAUUUCUUCUAUCACGUCCGAGGGCUGGCCGCGCCGAUUGAAAUGCUCCGGCUGGGAGAGGUGCUGGAGGAUGAGGAUCAUGAUCCGGAGCAUGUGGAGAAGUAUCGGUUCCUCGUGCUGUAUUCGACCUCGCCGGCGUUGGUGACGCAUCCGGCAGGGAUCGUAUAUGACCAAAUCACCCAAUCCGCAAUCCUAAUGCCAACCUACAACCACGUCUUCGACCUCCGCAAGAACCGCGAUCUCCCCUGGCAAAAGCUCGAAGCCAUCCUCAGCGCCUUCAUCGACAUGGUCGAAGCGGAAAAAGCCUUCGCAGUCCACGAAGCCCGGGCCAAAGACCAAUCCCUCCCCUCAGACUCCCUCUCCCCACAACUCGCCCUGCAACGCGCCAACGCCAACACCCUCCCCUGGCUCCUCCAACCCUUCACGAGCAACGAUCUCCACAACUGCAUAGCCGCAUGGAAAAAGCUCGUCACAUCCCUCGAAAAGCGCGCCUUCCUCACCCCCGAAGAACCCCUCCGGCCCAUCGCCUCCAACUCCGCCCUCAACGCCGCCAAAAUCCCGCACGGCUUCGCCUACGAACUGCUCCGGCACGCGCAAGCCUCGGAGAUAAGUUUCCUGGCGCCGGGGGUGCGGCUGCCCAAGACGGACGAAUUCGUGCACCAGCCCUUCACCUCGAUCCUGGAGAAAUUCCCCAAGGAGACGAGCAACAUGAAGAUGCCCUUCCUCUUCCUGCGGUGUCCGGGCAGCGUGUCGGGCAAAGAGGCCAAGUUCCGCUGGCCCUUCUCCACGCUGGAGAGCGUGCCCUGCGGGCUGUACCUCGACGCCUUCCCCAACGCGCAGAACCCCUUCGAGGACGCGUGCCGGCUGGUGCUGCCCAUCCUCCUCGGCGCGAAUCGAUACGCGCGCACCUCCGACUUCCGACCCAUCCGCCGGAGUUAUUCGGAUCUGUAUCAGGUCGAUAUCAACCCGUUCGUCAUGAGACACGGGCCGAAAUUGGUCGCCAUCUUGGAGAAUUGGUGGGAGAACGUGGAGAGUGGGCAUUGGAGUUGCAAUGAGAAGGGGGUCUCCGGGGGCGUGGGCGUGUGGAGGAAGGCGGAUACGAGGGACGAUUGGUGGAGAUAUCAGAGUAAACAUCUUUAUGUCUGA